UGGGCGUGGCCUAGCGGUGCAGCUUCAGGGGAGGCACUGGCAGCCGAGGCGCAGGGGAGCUGGGCCGAGUCGGUGGGGAGCCAUGGCGGCGGCAGUGGCGGCAGCGGCAGCAAUGCGGUCCCGGAUCCUGCAGGUUUCUUCUAAAGUAAAUUCCACAUGGUAUCCAGCAUCCUCCUUCUCUUCAACACCAGUGCCAACUGUAAAGCUCUUCAUUGAUGGGAAAUUUGUUGAAUCCAAAAGUGACAAAUGGAUUGACAUCCACAACCCAGCCACCAAUGAGGUUGUUGGUCGGGUUCCUCAGUCCACCAAAGCUGAAAUGGAUGCAGCUGUUGCUGCCUGCAAACGCGCUUUCCCUGCAUGGGCAGAUACAUCUAUUUUAAGCCGGCAGCAGGUCCUGCUUCGUUAUCAGCAACUCAUUAAAGAAAACCUGAAAGAAAUUGCCAGGUUAAUCACAUUGGAACAAGGGAAGACCCUCGCUGAUGCUGAAGGAGAUGUAUUCCGAGGCCUUCAGGUGGUUGAGCAUGCCUGUAGUGUGACAUCCCUCAUGCUGGGAGAGACCAUGCCAUCUAUCACCAAAGACAUGGACCUUUAUUCCUACCGCCUGCCUCUGGGGGUAUGUGCAGGCAUUGCACCAUUUAAUUUUCCUGCCAUGAUCCCCCUUUGGAUGUUUCCCAUGGCUAUGGUUUGUGGAAAUACUUUCCUAAUGAAACCAUCAGAGCGAGUACCUGGAGCAACUAUGCUUCUUGCUAAGUUGUUUCAGGAUUCUGGUGCCCCUGACGGAACACUGAACAUCAUCCAUGGACAACAUGAAGCUGUAAACUUUAUUUGUGACCAUCCAGACAUCAAGGCAAUCAGCUUUGUGGGAUCCAACCAGGCAGGAGAGUACAUCUUCGAAAGAGGGUCCAGAAAUGGCAAGCGGGUUCAAGCCAAUAUGGGAGCUAAAAACCAUGGAGUAGUCAUGCCAGAUGCCAAUAAGGAAAAUACCCUCAACCAGCUCGUCGGGGCAGCAUUUGGAGCUGCCGGGCAGCGCUGCAUGGCUCUUUCAACAGCCAUCCUGGUAGGGGAAGCUAAGAAGUGGCUGCCAGAACUGGUAGAGCGUGCCAAAAAUCUGAGAGUCAAUGCAGGGGACCAGCCUGGAGCUGAUCUUGGCCCCCUGAUCACCCCCCAGGCCAAAGAGAGAGUCUGCAAUCUGAUCGAUAGCGGAACAAAAGAGGGAGCUUCCAUCCUUCUGGAUGGGCGAAAAAUUAAAGUCAAGGGCUAUGAAAAUGGUAACUUUGUUGGACCAACCAUCAUCUCCAAUGUUAAGCCAAGUAUGACUUGUUACAAAGAGGAGAUUUUUGGUCCAGUUCUUGUGGUUUUGGAGACAGAAACUCUGGAUGAAGCCAUCAAGAUCGUCAAUGACAACCCAUAUGGAAAUGGAACUGCCAUCUUUACCACCAAUGGAGCCACAGCGCGGAAGUACACUCACAUGGUGGAUGUGGGACAGGUGGGCGUGAAUGUCCCCAUCCCAGUGCCUUUGCCGAUGUUCUCCUUCACCGGCUCUCGAUCUUCCUUCAGGGGAGACACCAAUUUCUAUGGCAAACAGGGCAUCCAGUUUUACACACAGUUAAAGACUAUCACAUCUCAGUGGAAAGAAGAAGAUGCUACUCUUUCUUCACCUGCUGUAGUCAUGCCUACCAUGGGGCGUUAGAAACAAGUUCUUUAAGACUCAAUCCAGCCUGAGUAAUUUUUCAUCUUUCUUGGCAACCUUCAUGUGCCAUCUUUGCUCAAAAACAGAUCCAUGAGAAUGGAAUAUAUUGCAACUAAAUUCUUUCUCAGAACUCUUCAUUCCUUCAAAGUUGUAGGGAGUGCAGGAUAACACUAAUACCAGGCCUUCACUUGUUCUCCAUACUUCUCCCCAGUUUUUGAGGUAACUGUUGUUUGUGUGAAGUGUUUGCCUAGAAUGUGAGCUUAGAACUGUCUCCUAACAAUUCUUUUCUGAUGACUUGGAAGGGAAUGUCAAUGUAGGAACAGAUCUUGUAAUCACUGAAACAAUUCACCUUCUGGUUGAGCCUCAAAUAUAGCCCUCCAUUGGUCCCCACACUAUCUAACAUGUAACCUAGUUUUACAUAUCCCAGCGUUGUGACGACUGCUCUCUGCUCAAUACCACUUUCUUCUGUGUGAUUCAUGGCCACUAUUUAAUUCUAUCAUUGUCCAUGUUCUUGCUUCUUAAAAUACUUCUCAAGGAUACCUCAGGAUGAAGUGUUAAGUUAGCUUUUUGUUAUAUGUGCCAUUCUUCAUGGCUUGCCUCAACAAUCAUUAAAUCAAUACUCCAACCAUUAAUUCAGAUGCAAAUAAAUCCUUAGACAGAAUAUUUCACAAAUGAUUUUUGACUCAGAAAUCAAAGGAUCUCCAAUCAUGAAAGUGGAUAGACUCUUGCCUUAAGUAAGCUUAACCUAUUAUUUGCCAAAUUUUGUUAUUCUUUCUUUUGACAGCAUUGCUCAUUAGUUGAUACUUUUUAAUGAAAGAAUUCUUCAUAUAGAGUAAUUGAUUACACUACUAGGAACUUCAAAGUUUCAUGCUUUGACAAUAUUCAGUCACCUUAUUCAACUUAACCAUUCAGCUGCCUUUCAGCUUGUUUCUCUGAUAAUCUAAACCUUAAAUCAAAAGAGGCUGAUGUGCUAACAGAACAGUGUGUCUGUCUGACCUUCUGAAGCCUGGCUUUCUGACCUAGAUGGCUAUGGGCUCUGCUUCGUCUUGAGUGCUCAGUGAGGUGUGGCGCUGGCCAUUACUGUCCUCUCUUCUGCACAGCCAUGUGUGUACAGUGCUGCUCCAGCCCAUUGUAGGUUUGGUGAGGUAAAAUAAAGGUGGUGAAAAACCUUGACAUUUCCUACUCUUUGAAUAUAAGACUAUCAGAGUAACCAGCUCUGGUGGAAUUCAGAGUUUCAGUCACUUUAACAAAACACAACUCUGAUUUUCUUUUGUUUUCCAUACUAAAGCUAAGACAUUUAUACUUUGUGACUGCAAUGCCCUUUGUUUUCUUAGAAAACAUAGUUCAUACUUAAUUUAAUCCAACAAUUUUAGGCUGGGUUAAAAAGUGGUUAUUAUCUAAAUUCCAAAUAGAAUUUAAUUGGACUCCUAAUAUUUUCCUUAGAUAUAAAGGAAGUUACUUUUUAAAAAUUACAGCUAAUCAGAAUUGCAUUAUUCUAAUUAUAAUAAACAAAUUUGACCAGCUACUUGGGCUCAAAAGAGUUUCUUGAUUCUUAGAUGAAAUGUAUAUUUGGUUAUAUUUGGGUUACUAUCACUAAAACAGAAAACCAGCACUUUUCCUUUUUGUUCUUAUAUGGCCUCCUUGAAUUUUGUGAGCUUCUAUACUGAUCAUGAAUAACACACUACAAAUAAAAAUGCCUUAGGAAAAAAACUACAGU